AUGAACAGCCAAAAUAUGGUAGGAAUUUUACUCUGUUUAGUUUUACUGAACACAAAUACAGUUACCUGUAUUACAUUUGGUGACGUAGUAGUCGGUGCUCUCGUUGGUGGUGCAGUUAUUGUUGGUGGUCCCUUGGUUCUAGGGGCUGUUGGUUUCACUGGUGCAGGAAUAACAGCUGGAAGUGUAGCGGCCGGUAUGAUGUCGACGGCAGCUGUAACCAACGGUGGUGCGGUAGCCGCAGGUAGCACGGUAGCUGUUCUUCAAUCUGUUGGUGCAGCGGGAUUUGCAGCUGGAACUAAAGCAGCAAUAGUGGCCGGAACAACAGGACUAUAUGCAACUGUUGAAAAGUUUUAUUAUUCUUAUUAA